CUUCUCCUCACCAUAGCAUUGCUUCUCCUUCGCCAUAGUUUCUCCUCGCCAUAAGUACUCCCUUCAUCGUUAGUAUCACCCCCAACCCCCCUGAAGAAGUGGUCAUGUCUAGCUCAAAAUCUGGAAGUUCAAAUUGUACGGGCCAAUAUGAAUAUGGAGAGUGGAUUCCGGUCAAGUAUUGUGAAUGUGGGCAACGAUUGAAGCUGCUGACAACUUGGAAACCGGAGAACUGUGGGAGAAGGUUUUGGAAAUGCAUUGGAACGCAGAGAUUUGAAGGUUGUGGGUUGAUGGAGUGGUUUGACCCUCCAAUGUGCAAAAGGUCUCAAAAAAUCAUCCCAGGAUUAUUAAAAAAAGUGAAUGUGUAUGAAGAGAAAAUCCAUUCAUUGGAGAUGAAAGCUGAAGCAUUGGAGACAAAGAGUUUCCAAGCAGAGAAGAUGCAGACAAAAUGUAGUAAAUGUAUAAAAUUGGUGUCCUUUAUGUGUGUUGUGGUUGUUAUUAUUUCAGUGUACUUGAAAGCCAAAUAAUGUAGUGCUGGUGUUGAUGAGAUGUGUGCUCAUGUACUUGUAAAACCUUUGUUGAAGGUCUUUAUUAUCAUGAUUUGGUAUGAAAAUCAAUGAAAGUCAUAUGAUUAUGAGUCUAA